UCGGGAACUGAAUGAAGCUGCUGCAGCGGAGAGGUGCGUUCACACACAGAUCAUGGCGGUGGCAGAGUCCAGCCCUCUGACCACUCACGUGCUGAACACCGGAGACGGCGUGCCGGCGGCCAGGAUGGCCCUCAGUCUGCACCGACUGGACUCCAAGCUGCUGAUCUGGAGCAUGCUGAGUGUCGGGACGACAAAUCAAGAUGGCCGCUGCCCAGGACUCAUCAGCCCACAAGCCUUCACCCCCGGCAUGUACAAGCUGCGCUUUGAGACGGGCUCGUACUGGGAGGCUCUGGGUCAGACGUCUUUUUACCCGUAUGUAGAGGUUGUGUUUACCAUCAGUGACCCUGAGCAGAGGUUCCACCUCCCUCUGCUGAUGAGUCGGUUCUCUUACAGCACCUACAGAGGAAGCUGAGACCUCUGAGGACGACCAGCUUUUACCAGUGAUGGAGACAGGUGUUUCUGUCGUCAUAGAGAUUUUAUGACUUGGAUUCAUCCUGUCAUAUCUUGUCUUUGACCUCGUUGCAAAGUUUCUGUUACAUUCUCUGACUAUUGAGUUUCAAAUACUUUGUUAAUGUGAAGAUGUUUUCCCCUAUUGAAAGUUGCGUAUUAAAUGCAUGUUAACAAGUAUAUCUCUUUAACUGGUAUUUCGUGUUAUUUCUUAAAACACUGCAAACCAAACUGUUUUUUCAGAAUAAAAUUUUAAUUUACAUAUUCAUGCAAAACACUAAUUUGUCUACCUAUGUCUGAGACUGAUAUGAUUUUGGACUGUUGAAUAUCAGAAUAGGGUAGAAAAAUUGGUCGUUUUCCACUACUUUCUGAGAUUUAAUGAACCAAUGAUUCAUUGAUUUAUCGAGGAAAAUCGUCGGAUUAAUCUGUAAUAAAAAUAAUUUACUUUUGAAGCAACAGUCAUAGUAAUGUGAUGUAUUGUCCAGUGACUUUUUACAUUUUCUAUUCUCCAUUUUAGUCUUUAUAAACUUGUAUUUACUUUUAUUCCUUUUCACAAACUGUUAUAUCUGUUCAAUAUUUUUACACUUUGGUCAGUUGUUAAACCGUAUUUUUACAUGUAGUAUU